UUUAACGCGGCUGUGCAGCAGCAACAGCAAGGCCGUGAUGAGUAGUGGUGAGAUUCCGGCUGAGCACCGGUUGGGUAAGUCGUCGGACGACAUGUUCGUGAUGCUGGAUGACCAGGCGGCGGAGUACGAAGGAUCGAUUGAUGGCGGUGAAACGCUCAUUUUCAACGGGACGACGGAAGAGGAGGAGCGAUUGUUUAACAAAUUUCCGCUCCACGUUUUCCUGAAGAAGAAGCACCCGUUCGUGACUCUGUCCACCAUGACCAAGACGUCGACCGUCACGGCCGUCAUCACCUCGUCGACGGUGGGACUUUGCGCCCAGCUGGUCAACGUCACCGGCCCUUGCCGGUUGCGCAAAGGGCUCUGGGUCGACGAGCCCAUCGUCCUGUCGUUCGACGACGAAAUGGACUCGAUCGACGACACUCUAUUAUCGCCCAGCCAAACGUCAAAGAUGGAAACAACCGCAGUGCCGGAGCCCAUCGCUCAGAUUUCAGACGAAAUUGCUGGCCGGAAUGAUGAGCCGCAAAUGGACAACAAUCGGCGGAUAUCCGUCCGGUCGGGAUCGGUGAUCCAUUCGUCCAAGGACGACGAAGGAUCGAGGGACGAUUCCGAGGAAAAUAAUGAAGGUCGAUUCGGAUUUUUCGGAUUGAAGAACAAAUUGAAGAAGAAAGUCAAAUUGGUGACGGUGGUGACGACGACGGCCGUGACCGUGACCAGCACUUCGACCUACUACAAAACGGUGAGCACCAAGUCGUUCUUCAUUCAAGUCUGCACGCCGUCGCCGUUCCCGUUCAAUGUCUGCGACGGCCGUAAGAAGCGACAAGUCGAAAUCGAACUCGCCAAUAACACCCAGCAGCAGCAGUCGCCAGCAUCGCCAUCGCCAAUCAAAAGUCAAAACGAAAUCAUCAUUGCCACAAUCACGCCCUGAUCUGGAAAUUUAUAGUUUGUCAUUUAUUGAAUUAAUUUAUAUCUAUUUAUUCACAAUUCCUAUAUUUUUGUCCAGUUUGCUGCUCCAGAUAUUAAUGUGUGAAAUUUUAAUAAACUCGGUUAUCUGUCAUAUAAA